AUGUACGACGCUGUAGUUGCACGCUACUCUUCCCCUGCCACUGCUGCUCUUAGUCGCCUCAUGCUGCAGUACCUGUUCCCUCACCUCGCCGCCUUUUCCACAGUCGCUGACCUCAUUACGCACCUUCGCACUAGUGACACUCGCUACCGCACUGAACUUCCUGCUGAGUUCUGCGCCAAGAACCCUCCCCCCAUGUACAUCACCCUCUACUACAUAGUCACUAGGCUCCCUGACUCCCUUCGCUCGGUUAGGGACCACUUCCUCUCUGUUUGCCCCACCACACUCACUAUUGACCUCCUCGAGGAGCGCCUGCUGCCAGCUGAGAAGAGCAUAGUCGCCGUAGGAGCCUCUCGUGGUGACCCUCGUACUCCCUUCUUUGAGGGGUGUUCCCCCUCCCCCUUCCUGCCCUCUGUUGCCUCUGCUGCUGCGGCCGACCUUGUUGGCCUCGAGUCAAUCGGAGCUGCGUCUGCCCCUAGCGGGAGACGCCGCAACGGCAAGGACAAGGGGGCCAAGGGUGCUGGAGGAGCUAGCGGGGGCGGUGGAGGUGGCGGUGGAGGCGGUGGCGGGGGUGGGGGCUUCGGUGGCAGCAGUGGAGGCGGAGGAGGUGGCGGCCGUGGUGGUGGAAGCGGAGGAGGCGGAGGUGGCGGCGGCAGUGGAGGUGGCGGCGGCAGCGGUGGGACUGGUCGGGGCGGCUCUGCGCAGAGGGGCGGCUCCGCUGGUGGUCACCGCCAGCAGCAGAAGAGCAGUCCUGAGACCCCGCCCCCCAAUGCGGGGGGCCCGCACCCCACCCAGCGCUGCUUCGGCCGCCUGACGGAUGUUUGGCAUCUCCAAUUCCUUGACGCCACUGAGAUCCCUCGCAGGGGAGAGCUGCAGAGGUCGGGGGUUGCAAUCUUUGAUCUUGAUUAUGAUGCUAUUCUUGCUGCCAUGUAUGCUGUGUCUACUAGUGAUGAGGGUGACUGUUACCUGUGUGUUGCGCCUGACCCGGGCAUUGGGACUGCUGCUCUAGGUGCUGGUGAGGCUGCUGCUCUAGGUGCAAGUGAGUCUGCUGCCCCAGGUGCUGGUGAGUCUGCUCUCUCAGGUACCACGUCGGCUCAGGCCUCCCACACCUUCACCCUUGACUCGGGUGCUUCCCGCUCCUUCUUUCAAGACCGCACCACACUCACGCCGCUUAGUCGGCCAGUUGCGGUCUCCCUGGCAGACCCCUCUGGGGGUCCUGUCCUUGCCUGCUUCUCCACUGUCUUACUGUGUUCCGCGGCCCCUUCUGGCACCCUGUCAGGUCUCUUCCUCCCCUCGUUCUCUACGAACUUGGUGAGUGGUGCUGACCUACAGGAUGGGGGGGUUGACCAGUUCACUCCUGCGCGUCAGCGAGUGACCCACUGCACGUGUGCUCCGACGGGCCGACACUUGGCCACGUUUACCCGACGGCCGGGGUCGAGCCUGUACACACUGACUACUGAGUCUCCUCCGGUCUCUGCGUCUGGUCAGGUAGCUGCGUCGGGUCAGGUGUCUGCUACGGCGUCCAGGUCUGUUCCUGCGUUUGCCGCCUGCUCGUGUCGUCUUCUGUCUCACCAGACUCGUGUCCUCUUCUGUCGAAACAGCUGGGGGUGCUACUAG